AAGCUUUCAAGCCUAUUUGUUUUCCGGGUUAUGUAUUUAUCACAAUCUUUCAGUCUCGAAGCCCCUCAGUUUGGUUUGUAAAGAUAUUCGGUCAUUGUAUCUGUCUAUACUGUCGAAUACUAUCAAACUGCCAAGAGAUACCUUUACGUACACAAUGCUAAACAAAAACCAAGUUAGCUGGCAAAGUAUGCUUUUUUAGUUUAUUAAAAACUCUUAGGUCACCGGAAUAGUUUACAUCACUUUGCUCAUCAACCUCCAAUCCAAGAGCAAAUCAUUUAGCUAUCCGAUUUACGUAACUUAAUGAUUUUAAAACGACGUUCAUGGAUUACUAAUAUUCGACAGUACGCGUGUUCGUAACGGUGACUUAAUGCCUAAGUAGUUGGGUUUAAGAACUUACGUCUCAUAACCACACUGCUUCACCUACUCCGGUUUGGUUAGGUGGGUGACAUCACUAGUGAUGGCAGAACACUGGUCAGUCGGACCCACAGUUCAUUUUGGUUCACAUUCGCUUCUUCCCUCCACUGACCUUAAAAUAUUGUGGGACCUACUUCAGUGUAGGGACUGCUGGUUCAGACGCAUUUAUCACCAACUUGCUGCCAACGAACUUCGGUCAAAUUCAGUUGUGGCAGUAAGCCCUCGGAAAAGUUCAAUCCCUUCUGUUCCCUUCCAUAGUCUUACGAGAGCGAUCCAAGCAGUCUUACGUGGCUUCAAUCUAAAUCGUAAAUGCCCAUCAAAACUAGACACGAAGGAGACCAACUUAGCAUCAUUUCUGCAUUUACAUAUAAAAACUAGUUAUCAUCAUAUAACUGUAGUCAGCACCAAAUUCUGUAUCAAAAGACAGUAUUGGGUCUGCCCUUCUCAUGGACGUCGCCUGUUCGAUUUGCUAUACUGUAGUGGCAACUUUAGUAUUCCAGAGCGGAAAGAUGGGUUAGACUUCGAUUUAGCUAUUCGUUCAAUAAUCCCUCAGGGUCAAUCUGAUUUCUUUCGAUCUGUUCAGCUUUCGAGCUCCUCAGAUGAAAGUGAUGAACCGGAACAGACCUUUUCUGUUCGGCUCCACACUCCAGAGCUGUAUAUAGUAAAGCCAAAUCCAGAAGGUUCUCACAAUCAUUUGUCUACAAAGGUAUGUUCCACCGAACCCAAAAAAUUCAUAAGCAAACAACUUUAUGAAGUCAACAGGAAAUGGUCGUUCAAAUACAGUGUAAAUGACUUAAACCAUAAACAUCUGUACAGUAAAAACGAUGCUCGACAUACCUGUGAUUCUCACUACAAUGAAAGAAAACUAGAUGGUCCAAAACAUGUGCAUUUUCCUAAGGGGAAUCCUAUAUCUGCUGUAUACAAUCUUUAUACAUAUGCUACAGCAAGCAGGUUGGAAAGGUCUAAUCGUAUUUGGGAAAUAGAAGCAAGGUCUCGCUACUUUGAUCGUUUGAAGUAUUUAAUAUCAAAUGGUUUCGAGGCUGACCUAGCAUCCCAGUUGGCAGGAGAUGAUGAAUCUACGGAACUGCACUCUAGUGUUAAUGAAGCUCUUGACAAUAAAGCAUGCAAGCAAGACAAUCUCAAACCGACGAAUAUAAUAUCUAAGCGUUCAAAACCUCGACAUCGCAAACGUAAUCGAAAACGUGGAUCCAACUCAGUAUCCUUGUUAUCUUCACAUUCACAUAAUGCAACCGACCCUAGUAUUUCACGAAAUAAAAUUGAUGAUAACUAUCAGAAAUGUGUAUCGCUUGCACAAUAAUUAUCAGGUUAAGCAGAUGUCCUUUGAGCUUUUGUCUCAAUUUAUUGUACAGUUUUCAUUAAAAUCUGUGAUAUCUGUCAGUGAUUUGAUUGCACGUUAUUUUUUAUGCAGAAUCUCAUUAAUUUGAUAUAAACUACUGUUUUCACUCGUCAUUGUUUUCAGAUUUUUAUCUAGUGUUAGCUUUCUUAGACUAAUCUAUGUUAAUAUUCCAAAGGUACAACUUUAAGAACCGUUUUUUCGUGUCAUUAACGUAGACAUGUUUUUGCUCGCGAGAAAGUGUAAUUCAGAUAUAAUUAGUUCUUAGCGGUAUAUUGAAGUAAAGUAUUAGAUAAUUCUUUGACUCUACCUGUGUCUUGACAUGUCAUUAAGUCAGUGACGUUUUGCAAUAAAUGAA